CGGGUGAGAGUGGCUUGAGGAAUCCGGAUAUGAUGUGAUGUUUCAGACCAAUUUCAGCAGUGAGCAGUUGUAGCAACUUCGAAGACUUCUGUUCUGAGUAAAUCGUUUUUUUUGCGCGCGGCAAUUUGGGGAUUAACGGCUGACCGCUUCUUUCUGUAUACUUAUUGACAACUUUUUGCAUAGUUCAGAUAGUUAUCCAGACCGUGAUUUUCCAACUGGAGGGCGAUUUGUCGCGCAAGAAGGAUGUUAAUAACUCAAAGUUGAAGCAGGGAGUUGUCAUGUUUGAAAGAGUUGACGGGUGAGGAAAAGGAGGAUCUUUUUCUGCCGUCUGUCUCAAAGAGAGGACUGUCUCAUGUCCACGGAGACUGUCUUGCCUCCGGAAGGGCCUAGCCGGCCCAGGAUCGAUCCUCAACAAGAGAGGAGUCCACUUCUAUCCAACUCUCACGAUGCAUGUGACACUGAAUCAUCAGGAACGACAAACACUUCUAGAACGUCAUCUCCUAGAGACCCAUGUGCUGAAGGACAAGAUCACAUGACUGGAGAGUGCCCUUCCUAUUGUGACCCAGUAAGAACCCAACCUCAGGCACACCCUCGGCCAGGGCAGAGAGAGGCUGGCGAGGAAGACUCCACCGCCACCAGCAACCAACACAGCUUCCACCCCGCCGCGGGUCCUCCGGGUGCCCACGGAAUGCUCCCUGGCGGGCGCGGGGCACGCCCGGUCUGCACGUGUGGCGCGGUGCCGGGCCGGAAGCAGCCGUCGCCCGUGUCUCAGAAGAUGCAGAGCAAGCUGCGCUCCAGCCUGUCAGUGAACAGCGACAGCAGCAGGAGGAGCAAGGGGAGCUCCACCGGCUCGCAAAACCCUGGAACCCUGCCCGAGGACUGCUGUGUCCACUGCAUCCUGGCCUGCCUGUUUUGUGAGUUCCUGACGCUGUGCAACAUGGUGGUGGCCCAGGCCUCCUGUGGGACCUGCACCCCCGAGGCCUGCUGUUGCUGCUGCUCCGACGACAUGGGGGACGACUGCAACUGCCCCUGCGACAUGGACUGUGGCAUCAUGGACGCCUGCUGCGAGUCUUCCGACUGCCUGGAGAUCUGCAUGGAGUGCUGCGGCAUCUGCUUCCCCACUUAGGAGGCCCCUCGUGGGGCCUGGCCGGGGCAGGGGUCAGGGGGUCAGGCUGGAGCUAGGGGCAAUAUCGGGCCGCUGCUGCCAUGGAACUGGUUGGCUUUAGUGCGAGUGUAUGAGUGUGUGUGUGUGUAUGAGUGUGUGUGUCUGUGUGUGUGUAUGUGUGUGUGUGAGAGAAGGAGCCCUAAGAGAGCACUUUAUUCUCUCCUGCCCCACUAGUCAUCUACUUACAUGGCCUAGCAGAGGCCUAAAGACUAUAUUGCCAAUGUUCUAUACCGCAAGUGUAAACAUGAUAUGAACUUUUAUUUCAGUAUUUGUUGUUUAUAUAUGUUGAUGAAUAUGUAAUCAAUGCUUUACAAAUAUUUCUAACUAUGCCUUUAAUGAUGAAUUCAUAUCUUGCCAUUUCAGGAAUACUGUUUCAGUGAUCUGAUUCAUUUUCUCAACCAAAAUAUAUCAUACAUUCACAAGUAUACUUUUUAAAUGGUCUUUUUACAAUUGCUUCCUUUAAGUUAGUAAAGAGUGUUUUAGUUUUUUUUACAUUUUGUCAGUACUGUGUGACACUGUAGAAACUUUGUGACAAUCUAACUUCCUUCAACUGUAGUAGUGUUGGGUUUGUGUGCAUAUCAAAGGGCCCCAUCAUUAAGUGUGUACAAAUGCACUAAGUGUUACAUAAGGUAUUACCGUGUAGAGUACAACGCUUGUAGACAUUGCUCACAAAUGUAUCGUGUAAACAUUGCAUACUUAAUAAUGCAAAUCAGGCUUUAAAGGGGUUAAUCAAAACCAAUACUUUUACUGAAAGUUUUAGACAUUACGUUAUGUAUUCACCAAACAUUAGAUUUAUUGCAGUCUACUGUAGCUUUGCAGACUGUCUUCAACGGCAUCACUUAUUGAAAUAGUUUUAAAUGUGUUGCUGUAUGUUACAAAUGUUUUUGAUUAUCUAUAUGAAGUAUUGCAAAUGUUCAUGAUCAGUUCAAGGAUCCUAGCUCCCAACUAGUGAUGCUUAGCAAAGAUUAACUAUCUGGGCUGGUGUUGAGUACACAAACUAUCUACAGUUAAUCCGUCUUACAAGACAUGACUGCUAGAUCAAUACCAGAGUUUUUAUCAAGGUAGCUGUCAGAUAAAUGUCACUACCAGAUGAAUGUAUGGAUCUUAGGGAAUCACAUUGAGGACCAGUUUCCUAGACAUGGUUUUAGCCUAGUCCUAAAGUAAGAGAACAAUUUAAUGAAGAUCAUUGAAAACGGUUUUAGUCUAGGACUAGGCUCGAUCCAUGUAUGGGAGACUGGGCCUUAGAGUCUAAACACUCAACACUGGUCUAAUCACAAAUAUGAACAUUUGAUGGAACACUAAGAUUCAUUCGUACCAUUCCAAUCUCUAUUGGAAUUCUAAUCAGAGUAACUGAUUUUUUGACUCUGACUUUAUUUAGCUGAUUUAAUCCCAUUUGCAUAUAGCACUUAUCUCACCUUCAGGAACCAAAGAUUUCUUGCGUGUUAGCGUGCUACAGUGAAAAUCCAGUUUAACUGCAGACAAUCAUGACUUUCUCUUUUUACUGAUGGUACGAUUCAGCAGUGCGUGGUGUUGUUCGACCAUGGUGUGUUAGUGAUACUCUUCGGGCUAACUGGUUCAGCCACACUGCGCUCUAGGUGGACAGAGUUGUACCACAUUGACCCAAGCUCUCUAUAAGCUUCUUUGGGAUUACAAGUGAAUGACUCACAACACAAUAAGGACUCACAAACUGUCAGACCACAAACCUGGUAAACGAAUGCAGGGUAAAAAAAAAAAAAUAUGACAGUUUUAUUAUUUUCUUUAUUUCCUUCUUAAUUCUGUGUAUCUGGAGAAGUUUGCGUCUGUGAUUCACCCGACCCAACAGUCUUUUUCCCACUCAGUCUCUGAGAUUUGCUUUGAUGUUGUUUAAGUGAUGAUACUUAAUAACGGCUCUCAUUAGCGGAGCUCGCUAAAUGGUGGAACUGUCCCUUCUUCACGCCAUCAAAGAUAAUGUGCUGUCAAGUCUCCCAGCUCUAAUGGUGGCUUGUUAUUGUAUGUAAAGAACUCAGACACUCAUCAGGAGCAGAUAAUGUUUAUUCGCUCUCGGUAAAAACUAAGCCUCUUCUUGCGUUCCUAUGAUUAACUCUGCCUCGAGUUGGUGUAUGUCAGGAAAUAGCCUAAGACACAGGAAAAACACUAUUUAGAUAAUGUGAAGAAUUUAUCUCCAAGCACGUGUUUGUGUAUCUAUUGUUUUUUUUUUUUUACGCUCUCCUCUUGGGGGCAAGGAGACUGUCUCUGACUCAUCCUCUUUCAUGUUUCUUCACUGCAUUUAGCAAACGACAAACACUCUGUUGGUUGUGAAACAUUUAAUACACAAUAAAAAAUACAUUUCGGGAAA